AUGCCCCACAAGUUCUACCACGGUAAGACCGGUAUUGUCUACAACAUCACCAAGUCUUCUGUCGGUGUCAUUGUCCAAAAGGUCGUUGGUAACAGAUACAUUGAGAAGCGUGUCAACCUCCGUGUUGAGCACGUCAAGCACUCCAAGUGCAGACAAGAGUUCCUCAACAGAGUCAAGGAGAACGCUGCCAAGAAGAUCGAGGCCAGAGAGAAGGGUGAGCGUGUUGAGCUCAAGAGACAACCCGCCAAGCCAAGAGAUGCCCGCACCAUCAGCUUGACUGCUCCCGAGACCAUCGCUCCUGUUGCUUACGAGACUUUCAUUUAA